GUGAACUUCGCCAUGAUGGGCAAGGACGGCAUCCUGGUGAAUUUCGUAGAGAAGUUCAUCGUGGGAAAGGUGAAACAUCCCAUCUUGUGUGCUGGGCGUCUACUAUGCAAUGGAUGGGAGAUGAGGAGAAGCGGAGAUGGCCUGAAUCUCUGGCACAAGCAAGGAGUUGAGAUUCCGCUGGAGAUGAAGAAGAAUAGCCUGCAGGUCGUGGCGGAGAUAUGCUCGGUGGAGACUGAGAACAACGAGCACGAGGAAGAGACCAUCACCGUUGUGGCGCCUGCGAAGAUGAAGGACUACUUCGAGGUGGACUCAGAAGUCCCGGUGGCGCCAUUCCCCACGACGCACAGAGAGCUGCAAUCAGAUGAGUUGGGUUGGUCAGAUGAGGAAGUUGGAGUUGGAGAUGAGAAGAUGAUGCAUGCAGAGCACUUGGCAAGCUACUUGGUCGGCACGGAGUUCUAUGGACUGCUCAUCAAGAGCAGCAGGUGUGGGAAGUCCAUGUUGGACAUGAGAGAGAUGCAGGAGAUCGAGGUGAAGAAAGUUCACCUCAUGGAGGUUGUCACUGACAGCGACUAUGCGGGGGACCAGAACUCGAGAAAGAGCAUCACGAGUUUCCAGGUGUUCCUCGACGGCAACCUCAUGGAAAGCAGAGUGAGAAGCCAGAAAAGCAUCUCACUUUCAAGCGGUGAGAGCGAGUACGUGGCCAUGGUCUCUGGAUGCAGUGAAGGACUUUUUCUUCGGCAUGUUUGGUCCUUCAUCAGAGGCCACACACCAACCCUGGUGUGCAGGUCAGACAGCAGCGCGGCCCGCGGAAUGUGCAGCCGAGUUGGGAUUGGCAGAACCCGACACCUGGAUGCAGUCAUGAUGUGGCUGCAGCAGAAAUGCCACGAGAAGGUGAUCAGGGUGACAGCGAUUCCGACGAGUAUCAACAGCGCGGACAUUGGCACCAAGGCGCUGGCACGAGCCAGGAUAAGAGGAUUGAUGUUCAUGACGGGCAUGGUCGACAACGACAACCGCGAGCUCGGGAAGGACGAGCUCCGCGACAUCGAGCGCAAGAUGCUGAGCGACAAGGGCGCUAAGAAGAUUCUCAGCGGCUUGAAGGAUGAGUACCGCAUGGCAUUGGUGGUGGCAUUCGCCAACGCGAUCAGGGCGAGUGGAACCAAGGAGGAGAACGAGCCCAACGGAGCGGAGAGCGACAGCUGGAUGUGGCCGGUGCUAGCCAUUUUGGCCGGCGUAGGAGCCUUGAGCCUGGCGCAGUGGCUGUGGAGUUUCUUCAUCAAGAAGAUUCAGAAGGAGAUCAUCAUCUCCGGCAAGGCAACGAUUCAGGAGGCCAACGACAGCGAGCCGGAGGUGAGUGCACGUAGCGAUCUGAGGAAGAGGAUCAAUCCGGUCCGGAUGUUGCCAACAGGCAACGUGUAUCACACGCACGAGAAAUGUCCCCACUACAAAAGUGGGAGACAGGUGCACAAGUGUCUCAAGUGCAGCGGAUAUGAAGGCAGCAUGUGA